UCUACCACCUACUAAACUUGUCCUUUUCUUCAACCCUUUUCAAAUCAUCCAAGAACUCACAUGGAAAAGCCUCUCUCCUCAUAAACUUCUCUCAGACACCAUCAAACCCGCUCGUUCUCCUCAUAAAUAAAAAUAAAAAAAUAAAAAAAUUAAAUUAAAAUGGGAAAAACCCUUCUUUCUCCAAGUGACAGUGAGGUACCGAAGGGAAGCCCAAACGCAGUGUAUGACGUAGACAUAAGUACACAUUCCUUGGUUCCGAGAGGAGGAGCGCAGCAGGGGCGGCGCUGGCGAGGAGAUCGCGCUCAAAGCCCUCACGGGCCUCAUCCAUUCGCCAUGGCUUCCAAAGCCUCGUCGUCGGACUCUGCCGGCGGAUCGGAACCCCCUGAUGACCCUCAGACCCCUGGAAACGAUGAAAAUCACACGUCUCAGGAUGUUUUAUCAAUUAUUAAUUCUUUCAAGGGACAAGUUAUUACUGAUCGUGGUGAUUACAUCAAGAAAAAGAUGGAAGAUAACAAGCUGAAAAUUAGUGGCAUAACUAAUCAUGUUUAUAAUUUGGCAAAACUGAGAAGAAAUGCUACGGCAGAUGCUGCUGAUAUGGAGUCAGAUUUGCUAACAAGAAGGUGCAAAGAUGCUGUUGGUACAAUAAAUAAUCUUGAAUUAUCUGGUGGAGAAAAGUAUGGUAAUGGUUUUCAAGAUGAAAGUUCAUAUGGUUCCUCUGUUCUUCUUUUUGGGAACAAUCAUGUUGGCAAGUGUGCAAUUCGAACUAUCAAACUACCAGAAGUACCAAAACUACCACCUUAUACCACUUGGGUUUUUCUAGACAGAAACCAAAGAAUGACUGAGGAUCAAUCUGUUGUUGGUAGAAGAAGAAUAUAUUAUGAUCAGAGUUGUGGUGAAGCUUUAAUUUGCAGUGAUAGUGAGGAAGAUAAUAUUGAAGAUGAAGAGGAAAAGAAAGAAUUUGGAAAUGUCGAGGACUACAUUCUUUGGAUGACCAUAAAAGAAGUUGGUACCUCAGAUAUUGUGAUGGAUUCAUUGGCUCAGCAUUUGGAUAGAAAACCUUGUGAAAUAAUGGCAAGAUAUGAGCAUUUGCUAAAAAGAGAGAAAACCAAAAAAUGUGUUCAAAAUGGUGAAAACGGAUCAGGGGAAAAAGUUGAAGAUGCGUUUUUUGAAAAAGAUCUUGAUGCGGCAUUGGAUUCUUUUGAUAACCUUUUUUGUCGACGAUGUCUUGUUUUUGAUUGUAGACUACAUGGUUGUUCUCAGGAUUUAGUGUUUCCUGCAGAGAAACCAUACCCAUGGAGCAAUUCUGAUGAUGGCACACCUUGUAGCAAUCAUUGCUACAAAUUGGCCUCCAACUCUGAAGUUGUUACUUCGUUGAAUUCCCAAAAUUUUGAAGAAUUAACUCACUCAUCUGGCAGUACUGCACCACAAAAUACUCCUAGAAAGAAAAUGCAUGGUUCUUCUGUUGGGCGGAGAUCAAAGUCUAACCAAAGUGAAAGUUCGUCAAAUGCAAGAUUUGUAUCUGAGAGCAGUGAAUCUGAAGUACGUCCUCGGCGUGAUGGGAUAUCCACCCAUUCUUCUUCACCUUUAAAAGUCAAGCUGAAUGGAAAAUGUGGUAUCCGAAAGAGAAACAAUAAAAGAGCUGCUGAAAGAGUACUUAUCUGCAUAAGAAAAAGGCAAAAGCAAAUGUUGCCAUCCGGCUCUGCGCCUGUUGCUAAUGGAUCCAUUUGGUUACAUGAUAUGAAGCUUAGGUCAAACACUCGCAAGGGAAAUAAAGAUAUCAAAUUUUCUUCACAUAACAGAAAACUAAGCUCUUCAAUUGUUAGAAAAUGUCGGAAAAAAGUAUCCCCAUCACUGGAUAAUGUGGACACUUCAUUUGUUUUUCCUAGUCAGUGUGCUGCUGAGAUGGUCAAGGAAUCCACAGCGACCGCCGGUGAUGAGAAUUCGAGAAAAGACGAUUUGGUUGAUGAGAAGCAUGAAUUCAUUGGUGUCUUGUCUUGGAAGGCCAUUGAGAAAGGGCUUUUUGCAAAAGGAUUGGAGAUCUUUGGAAGGAAUAGCUGUCUGAUUUCUAGAAAUCUUUUGAACGGAAUGAGAACAUGUACAGAAGUCUUUCAAUACAUGAGCUUCAUUGAAAACAAAGGAACAUUUGCCAGAGGCAAUGGUACUAAUUCUUUGGUAGAAGGCCAUGGCAAGGGUAAUGAAUUGCGGACAAGAUCAAGGUUUGUUAGGAGGCGAGGUAGAGUUCGCAGAUUGAAGUAUACUUGGAAGUCUGCUGGUUACCAUUCCAUCAGGAAAAGAAUUACUGAGAGAGAGGAUCAACCAUGUCGGCAGUAUAAUCCUUGUGGCUGUCAAUCUGCCUGUGGAAAGCAGUGUCCUUGCAUUUUAAGUGGGACCUGUUGUGAGAAGUACUGUGGUUGUCCUAAGAUGUGCAAGAACCAUUUCAGAGGUUGCCACUGUGCCAAAAGUCAAUGCCGUAGUCGUCAAUGCCCAUGUUUUGCUGCAGACAGGGAAUGUGAUCCUGAUGUUUGUAGAAACUGCUGGGUUGGUUGCGGUGAUGGUUCAUUAGGAGGUCCCACUCAAAGAGGAGAUAAUUAUGAAUGCAGAAAUAUGAAGCUUCUACUCAAACAACAACAGAGGGUCCUACUGGGAAGAUCUGAUGUUUCUGGCUGGGGGGCUUUUCUUAAGAAUAGUGUUGGUAAACAUGAAUACCUUGGUGAGUAUACUGGAGAACUAAUCUCUCAUCGAGAAGCAGAUAAGCGUGGAAAGAUUUAUGACCGUGAAAAUUCAUCAUUUCUCUUUAACCUGAAUGAUCAGUUUGUUCUUGAUGCUUACCGGAAGGGUGAUAAACUGAAGUUUGCAAACCAUUCUCCUGAUCCAAAUUGCUAUGCGAAAGUUAUUAUGGUAGGAGGUGAUCAUAGGGUAGGUAUAUUUGCCAAAGAGCGGAUAAGCGCUGGAGAGGAGCUGUUCUAUGACUAUCGCUAUGAGCCAGAUCGAGCUCCUGCUUGGGCUAGGAAACCUGAAUCAUCCAGUGGCAAGAAGGAUGAAAGUUUCCCAUCCAGUGGGCGUGCCAAAAAACUCGCCUAACUGAUCAAGCUAACCUCUGAUUGUCCUUUCUUUGUCUAAUUUCUCAUGCUUAUUUUUGUGAACCCUUAGUUUAUUAUUUUUAAAAGGGAAUUGGAGCCAUUUCAUUUGCC